GGAAGUGGGGGAGGGGGAAGGUGGGGUAAAAGCGGCGGCCGGGCGGCUCCGGGAAGAAGCGGAGGGAGGAGUUGGCGACGCCGUCGCCGCCAUCGCCGCCGCGGCUACUGUGACUUCUCGUGGUGUGUGAGAUCGGAGCCUAUGCGCCUGGAUUUGUCGCCGCUGCGUAGCUCCGGAGGUUUAACCACAGGACAGAAAAAACAGGAAUAUAAAGAAGAAAUCAAAAUGGAUCCAAGUAUGAGUGUGAAUUCUGUCACCAUCUCUGUUGAGGGGAUGACAUGUAGUUCCUGUGUUUGGACCAUUGAACAGCGCAUUGGAAAACUGAAUGGUGUACAUCACAUUAAAGUUUCACUGGAAGAAAAAAAUGCAGCCAUUAUUUAUGACCCUAAACUGCAGACUCCAAAGACCCUACAGGAAGCCAUUGAUGACAUGGGCUUUGAUGCUGUUCUGCACAAUCCUAAGCCGCUCCCUGUUUUAACUGAGACCUUGUUUCUGACUGUUACUGCUUCACUGGCUCCGCCAUGGGAGCAUAUCCAAAGCACAUUGCUCAAGACGAAGGGUGUGACAGACAUUAAAAUUUCCCCUCAGCAGAGAACUGCAGUGGUGAUAAUAAUCCCUUCUAUAGUGAAUGCCAGUCAGAUAGUAGAGCUGGUUCCAGCUCUCAGUUUAGAUCCAGGAACUCUGGAGAAAACGUCAGGAAUCUGCGAAGAUUUCAGUAUGGCUCAAGCAGGCGAAGUCAUGCUGAAGAUGAAGGUGGAAGGGAUGACCUGCCAUUCAUGUACUAGCACCAUUGAAGGAAAAAUUGGGAAACUGCAAGGUGUUCAGCGAAUUAAAGUUUCCCUGGACAAUCAAGAAGCUACUGUUGUUUAUCAGCCUCAUCUUAUCACAGCAGAGGAAAUAAAAAAGCAGAUUGAAGCUGUGGGCUUUCCAGCAUACAUCAAAAAACAGCCCAAGUACCUCAAACUGGGAGCUAUUGAUAUAGAACGUCUAAAGAACACACCAGUCAAAUCCUCAGAAGGAUCACAGCAAAGGAGUCCAUCAUAUACCAAUAAUUCAACAGUCAUUUUCAUCAUAGAUGGCAUGCACUGUAAAUCAUGUGUGUCAAAUAUUGAAAGUGCUUUAUCUACACUCCAGUAUGUAAGCAGUGUAGUCGUUUCUUUAGAGAAUAGAACUGCCACAGUAAAGUACAAGGCAAGUUUAGUCACUCCAGAAACUCUGAGAAAAGCAAUAGAGGCCAUAUCACCAGGGCAAUAUAGAGUUAGUAGUACAAAUGAAAUUGAGAGUACUUCAAACUCUCCCUCCAGCUCAUCUCUUCAAAAGAGUCCUUUGAACAUAGUUAGCCAGCCUCUGACUCAAGAAACCGUGAUAAACAUUGAUGGCAUGACUUGUAAUUCUUGUGUGCAGUCUAUUGAGGGUGUCAUAUUAAAAAAGGCAGGUGUAAAAUCCAUACGAGUAUCACUUGCAAAUGGCAAAGGGACUGUUGAGUAUGAUCCUUUACUAACCUCUCCAGAAACCUUGAGAGAAGCAAUAGAAGACAUGGGAUUUGAUGCUUCCUUGUCAGAUACAAAUGAGCCACUGGUAGUAAUAGCUCAGUCCUCAUCGGAAAUGCCACUUUUGACCUCAACUAAUGAAUUUCAUACCAAAAUGAUGACACCAAUUCAUGACAAAGAGGAGGCAAAGACUUCAUCUAAGUGUUACAUACAGGUCACUGGUAUGACUUGUGCUUCCUGUGUAGCAAACAUUGAACGGAAUUUAAGACGAGAAGAAGGAAUAUAUUCUGUACUUGUGGCUCUGAUGGCUGGGAAGGCAGAAGUGAGAUAUAACCCUGCUGUCAUACAACCCCCGAUGAUAGCCGAGUUAAUCCGAGAGCUUGGAUUUGGAGCCACUGUGAUAGAAAAUGCUGAUGAAGGGGAUGGUGUUUUGGAACUUGUUGUGAGAGGAAUGACAUGUGCCUCCUGUGUACAUAAAAUAGAGUCUACCCUCACAAAACAUGGAGGGAUCUUCUACUGCUCUGUGGCCCUGGCAACCAACAAAGCACAUAUUAAAUAUGAUCCAGAAAUUAUUGGUCCCAGAGAUAUUAUUCAUACAAUUGAAAGCUUAGGUUUUGAAGCUUCUUUGGUCAAGAAGGACCGGUCAGCAAGCCACCUAGACCAUAAGCGAGAGAUAAGACAAUGGCGACGGGCCUUUCUUGUGAGCCUGUUUUUCUGUAUUCCUGUAAUGGGGCUGAUGAUAUAUAUGAUGGUUAUGGACCACCACCUUGCAACUCUUCACCAUAAUCAGAACAUGAGCCAAGAAGAAAUGAUUAGCAUUCAUUCUUCUACGUUCCUGGAGCGCCAGAUCCUGCCAGGAUUGUCCAUCAUGAAUUUGCUAUCUUUUUUAUUGUGUGUACCUGUACAGUUUUUUGGAGGCUGGCACUUCUACAUUCAGGCCUACAAAGCAUUGAAACAUAAAACUGCAAAUAUGGACGUACUGAUUGUGCUGGCAACUACCAUUGCAUUUGCUUAUUCUUUGGUUAUUCUUCUGGUUGCAAUGUAUGAGAGAGCCAAAGUGAACCCUGUUACUUUCUUUGACACACCUCCUAUGCUAUUUGUGUUUAUUGCACUAGGCCGGUGGCUGGAACAUGUAGCAAAGGGCAAAACAUCAGAGGCUCUUGCCAAACUAAUUUCACUACAAGCUACAGAAGCAACUAUUGUAACUCUCGACUCUGAUAAUAUCGUCUUGAGUGAAGAGCAAGUGGAUGUGGAACUUGUACAACAUGGAGACAUCAUUAAAGUGGUUCCAGGAGGCAAAUUUCCAGUGGAUGGGCGUGUUAUUGAAGGACAUUCUAUGGUAGAUGAGUCCCUCAUCACAGGGGAGGCAAUGCCUGUGGCUAAGAAGUCUGGCAGCACAGUGAUUGCUGGUUCCAUUAACCAGAAUGGGUCACUCCUUAUCCGUGCAACCCAUGUUGGAGCAGACACAACCCUUUCUCAAAUUGUCAGACUUGUAGAGGAGGCACAAACAUCAAAGGCUCCUAUCCAGCAGUUUGCAGACAAACUCAGUGGCUACUUUGUUCCUUUUAUUGUCAUUGUUUCCAUUGCUACCCUUUUGGUUUGGAUUAUAAUUGGAUUUCUGAAUUUUGAAAUUGUGGAAACCUACUUUCCUGGCUACAACAGAAGUAUCUCCCGAACAGAAACAAUAAUACGCUUUGCUUUCCAAGCCUCAAUCACAGUUCUGUGCAUUGCAUGCCCCUGUUCACUGGGAUUGGCCACUCCAACUGCCGUGAUGGUGGGUACAGGAGUAGGCGCUCAAAAUGGCAUACUAAUCAAAGGUGGUGAGCCAUUGGAGAUGGCUCAUAAGGUAAAGGUAGUGGUAUUUGAUAAAACUGGAACCAUAACCCAUGGAACCCCAGUAGUGAAUCAAGUAAAGGUUCUAGUGGAAAGUAACAGAAUGUCAUGCAAUAAGAUCCUGGCCAUUGUGGGAACUGCUGAAAGUAACAGUGAACACCCUCUAGGAGCAGCAAUAACCAAAUACUGCAAGCAGGAGCUGGACACUGAAACCUUGGGUACCUGCAUAGAUUUCCAGGUUGUGCCAGGCUGUGGUAUUAGCUGUAAAGUCACCAAUAUCGAAGGCUUGCUACACAAGGAUAACUGGAAGAUAGAGGAAAAUAAUAUUAAAAAUGCAUCCCUGGUUCAAAUAGAUACAAGUAAUGAACAGUCAUCAACUUCAUCUUCCAUGAUUAUUGAUGCCCAGCUCUCAAAUGCUCAGCAGUACAAAGUUCUUAUUGGUAACCGGGAGUGGAUGAUUAGAAAUGGUCUUGUCAUUAAUAACGAUGUAAACGAUUCCAUGACUGAACAUGAGAGAAAAGGUCGGACUGCUGUAUUGGUAGCAGUUGAUGAUGAGCUGUGCGGCUUGAUAGCUAUCGCUGAUACAGUGAAGCCUGAAGCAGAAUUGGCAGUCCAUAUUCUGAAAUCUAUGGGCUUAGAAGUAGUUCUGAUGACUGGAGACAACAGUAAAACAGCUAGAUCUAUUGCUUCUCAGGUUGGCAUUACUAAGGUGUUUGCUGAAGUUCUACCUUCCCACAAGGUUGCUAAGGUGAAGCAACUCCAAGAGGAGGGGAACCGGGUAGCAAUGGUAGGAGAUGGAAUCAAUGACUCCCCAGCUCUGGCGAUGGCUAAUGUUGGAAUUGCCAUUGGCACAGGCACAGAUGUAGCCAUUGAAGCAGCCGAUGUGGUUUUGAUACGGAAUGAUCUUCUGGAUGUAGUGGCAAGUAUUGAUUUAUCAAGGAAGACAGUCAAGAGGAUUCGGAUAAAUUUUGUCUUUGCUCUAAUUUAUAAUCUGAUUGGAAUUCCCAUAGCUGCUGGAGUUUUUAUGCCCAUUGGUUUGGUUUUGCAGCCCUGGAUGGGAUCUGCUGCAAUGGCUGCUUCAUCUGUUUCAGUAGUACUUUCUUCACUCCUCCUUAAACUUUACAGGAAACCAACUUAUGAGAAUUAUGAACUACAUGCCCGAGGCCAGAUGGGACAGAAAAGUCCUUCAGAAAUAAGUGUUCAUGUUGGAAUAGAUGAUACCUCAAGAAAUUCUCCCAAACUGGGUUUGCUGGACCGGAUUGUUAAUUACAGCAGAGCCUCCAUAAACUCACUGCUGUCUGAUAAACGAUCACUGAACAGUGUUGGUACUAGUGAACCUGACAAGCACUCACUCCUGGUGGGAGACUGCAGGGAAGAUGACGACAGUGCGUUGUAACAGGCCACAGAGAGUGCUGCUAGAUGAUGUUGUUCUGCACUGACACAGCAUUCAUGGUCACCUUAGCUUUUUAAAAUAUUGCAGGGCUUUAUGUUGGUCUCAUGCUCUUAUGUUAGGGAAUCUAUUUGAAUUGCAUUUGUCUAAUGGCAAAAAUAUCUUUUUCAGGGCAUCAGCUUGGAACCUAGCUUUAUUGAAAAUGAAUUUCCAGUAUUUUUUGUUUUCACUAGCAACAGAUAAGGUAGACCAGGGAGGUUUACAAGUCCUACAGCUGAAGAUUGCUGAAUUGCUGCUAAGGUCAUAGAUAAUUUUUAUUUGACCCAAAAAAAAAAAGUUCAAGAAAAGAUCAUUGAAAAUUUGAAGAUUUGAGCGCAUAAUCUUGAGGAGAUUCUCGAGCCCUCCUCCCUGCCAGAUUGGGGAGCAACAGCUUUCAAAGCACUGUAUAAAGAAUCCUGUUUUAGAAGCAAAAUAGUAGAAACUGUUUAAAAAUAGACAGGCCUAUUUAUUACAGGCUUUCUUUCCCCCUUCUUCUCCCUGCAUCUUUGUCUUUGCCGUUGCUUUCUUUUUUUUUUUUUU